UUUUGGACUACAGACAAGAUGGCCGCCGACUGUCAGCUGCUAUAAUCAUUAUCACCUUCUUGUCUUUUUUUGGUAUUAUUUGCAAUUAAAGGUUACGCACAGAAAUGGGGUUAGCGCAGAGUUCAGACGUAUCCGAAGGGGGAACGUACGGAUACCACGUCCACGGCGUGCAGCCAAAUUCUCCUGCAGAAAAGGCUGGACUGCAGCCCUUUUUUGACUUCAUCCUGUCACUGGACAAUAGAAGACUUAACGAGGAGAAUGACUUGCUGAAGGAGCUGUUGAAGGCUCACAUGGACAGGGCAGUGAGGAUGGAGGUGUUCAGCACUAAAAGCAUGAGCGUGCGUGAGCUGGAAGUUGUGCCCAGUAGCCUGUGGGGAGGGCAGGGCCUGCUGGGUGCCAGUGUUCGCUUCUGCAGCUAUCAGGGAGCCAAUGAGAAUGUCUGGCAUGUCCUGGAUGUGGAGGCUAGUUCACCUGCUGCGCUGGCAGGGCUGCAACCCUACUUUGAUUACAUAGUUGGAGCUGAUCAGGUGCUGCAAGAUUCAGAAGAUUUCUUUUCCCUGAUUGAGGCCCAUGAGGGGAAGCCUCUGAAGCUGCUGGUGUACAACACACAAACAGACGCCUGCAGAGAGGUGAUUGUUACACCCAAUGGAGCGUGGGGAGGAGAAGGCAGCUUGGGCUGUGGCAUUGGAUAUGGAUACCUGCACCGUAUCCCAGCAAAUUCUGAAGUGCCAACAGUGAAACCUUCUCCUUAUCCUGUUACCACUGAUACCCCUGAUAAAGAGACCCCUUCUUCAAGGCUGCUCACACACGGAUACACGGAGGCGCCUUUGAUGGCACCUUCAAGCUUAAAUGAAGAUGUGUUAGACCUGGAGCAGGUCUCCCUGCAGGAAAGUCCUCUACCUCCACCCAUACAGAGAGUCAUGGAUCCCGGCUUCUCUGACUCUGAAGUGGCUGUAAUCAACUCAGAUGCUACAGAUUUGUUAGACAGGCUGGAUGUGUCCACAUCUUCCAUCGACAUGACCAACACAUCUUUGACUAUGCACGAGGAGAAGGACGGUGAAAUCUCUGGUGUUGAAGCGCUGGAGGACAGUUUAUUUCUCUCAUCAUCAGGGAGCAACGAGCCUGAUCCACAAGAGCUUAGCUCAUAUGCAGCCAUGGACCUCACCUCUGCUCAGUCUUCUGACAUCCUGUAUGAUUCAGGUGUGCAACAAGAUGAGCCACCCCAGAAUCCACCUAUUAAUGGGUUACCCCUAGAGCCAUUUGACCCUCAUGCAGAGCGAUCUAUAUCAGGUGAAGAUCUUCCCUGCCCAUCUACUGUUGAUCUCCUCCCGACUCCAGCUGUUGAAGAGCUAGUAGCAGAGGCUUCUUAUGCUCAAAGUAGCGAUGAUGAAACGAGGCCAGUGCAGUUUGAUGAGUAUCUUGUUCACCAGUGCAGCCAUAGUGAGGAAGAGGAGGAACCUGAGGAGCAACAUCUUGAGUAAGCUUGCAACAGAACUUAGAGAGUGCAAAAAGGCAAACUGGACAAAAGCAAUACUGUAGAAAGGACAGGACAGAGGAAGGGUUGUCUGCUUUGAUGUAUAGCUUACUCCUAAGCCACAGAGCCGUAGUUACACUACAAAUGGCCCUACAGCAUUGGUAAAACAUUACAAACAUUUAAUCUAAGACACUGUAGGAAUAUUUGGUUAAUGUGAGAAUGUAAUUACUACUAAUUUAUCAGUCAAACAAAUAGGAAAUGUUCACAGUGUCCUUGCUUUCUGCAAAAUAUGGUAAUAUAGGUGAUGGCAUUUUGCAUUUGAAACACUGUGAAGAUUACUUGAAAAUGUCCAAAGAGAUAAACAUGCAUUUACUACAGCAAACACAGCUGCACUUUAAAAUCCAUAUCACAACAUCCAUAUCAACAGUUUCAAAGCUACCAAAGUGUUGGCAGGUCAGAUGUAUUAAAUCAGCCUAAUUACACAAGAGAAUUUUAUAGUAGAUUUUUAAUACAUCCACACAUCUUUUAUCCCCGUAAGGUCAUUUAUAAUCAAUUUGUGAUCUAUGCAACAGUAGACUGAAGAACUUCCUAUAAACUGACACAUAAUGUGUCUAUAAUGUAAAUGGAAUAGAUGUCAAACCUUUUGAUAUAUUUAAGUGUUUUUUUAACUUAGUACCACUGCUGUUGAGGGUCUCUUCCUGUUUUCAUAGGGGGGUCCUCAGUGUUUUUUUUUACUGUCCAACUAGGUGCUAGUGUGUAAAAUAAGGAGAAAUAUUUUUGCAGAUAUUUUAUGAAUGAAUUGUAUGUUUUAUUAGGAAUGGGUGCAGAGUCUUUGAUAAAUGUCAAAUGGGUGAAUCAGUUAAUAGUUAAACAAUCAUAUCAUUUGACUUGGAAAAAAAUCCCGUCCCGUGUGUUUCUUAUUUCACACUCAAGAGCUAAACACAUUACACCUCAAGAAACAUUCACUUACAAUUCCCAUUAAUGUGUCAUUGUUAAACCAUUCCAAUUUAUUUCUUUGAAUGCCUAAAAUAUACAUAUUUCACAAAUUAUUACAACAAGGGAUAUUGCAGUGUCAUGGCCCAUCUACCUUUGGCCAAUUAGAGCACACUCGAUGCAUCCCCACUAUGGCAUUACACACUCCUGAUGGCAAAAUUAACUCCAUAAAAGUUACAGAGAAAAGAAAACUGUUUCUGUUGGAUGAACACAUGGUUAUUAAUGUUUUUUUCACUUUUGUAAAUCCCCCAAAGUGAUUGAAUGAUCGUUCCGUUCAAUUUAUAUUUGAUUCACUGAACUAUUUAAUCUUAAUGAAUAUGUAUACAAAGAAUGGCCCUCGUUAAAGUCACUGCUCAUGAGCCAAGUACAGCGUGAGUAAGCAUGACUUAUUAAAGAUAUAUACCUUAUAUAUUAUUUCUCAAUUGCUAAGAUUGCAACUUGGACAACUACUAACAUUCUUAAGGGUAAACCGCAAUUUCUGGGUUGUAAUGAAUACAACAGAUACAAUUCUGACCAACCAAGUCCACGAUGCCUUCGUGACCACAAAUGUGCUUGAUGGAUUUGGAAAUAUUACUUCUUUUUUUUUAAGUGAACUGUACAACAACAAAAUAAAACUGCUGCAAAACCAGAAGGAAAAAAAAGUCACUUAAAUCAAAAAAUGUUGUACAUAUAUUUACAAAAUGGGAACAUUCAGUCUAUUAAGAACAGCACAGCUUAAAAAAAAAAAAAAGACACAUGCUUAUGUCAAUGAGGUUUAAGCUCUGCAAUAAUUAGACGUGUAAGUCAGGGCUGAAUUCAAGUUAAAAUAGACAAAGCUGACAACAGAACAGAUGACUGCUAUGAGGGACAGUGACGUCAGAGACCAGGUGUAGCCCUGAACCGGUGAUACAGCUGAGACAGUGUUUGUAAGAACAAAGACAGUUUCUGGAAUGUACUAGAACAAAUAGUCUAUUACAUCCAUUAGCGUGUACUCACAACACUCUCUCUCUCUCUAACUCACACAUUCUCACACAAACACAUACUGCAAUUUUAGUCGCAUGAAAAUAAAAUGCCAAUCAGGAAGCAAGAAAUAAACAGCAGUCAUGGAUGUAAAAAGAGGAAUCGGAGAGUGCUUGAGGAAACAGAAUCCGUUCUUUUAACUGUAAAAAAAAAAAACACUAACAAAAAAGAAA